UUAGCAGCGGAGGCAGACAUGAGGCGGUGCUGUGAUCUCUGUCGAGAGAGCUGCGAAACUCAAAUGAAGCUCCCAUUCCGAACGGUCUUCAGAGCGGUUCGCUUCAACAAGCUCUGCUCUGAUUCAGCUCGGCGCCACUCCGGGUGAAUGAAGGGUUCCUUCCAUGCGGAGGCUAGCGGUGGUUCUUCUGCCCUGUGCUCUCGCCGUACUGGUGCACUUGUGGUUGGCUCACCGACGGUCUUCCACCCCCCUGGACAACGACGCACUCUCGGAUGGGGUGGUACCAUUCUAUGAAGUUCUGGUGGGAGUUCUAUCAGCCAGGCAUCAUUACGAGCUGCGACAAGCUAUAAGGGACACCUGGCUGGGCUACUUGCGCCAUCACCCUCACUUCCAGCACAGAGUGGGGGUGAAGUUUAUCGUGGGAAAACAUGGGUGUCCCAUCCCAGAGGAGGACAGAGAGGAUCCUUACUCCUGCUCUCUACUCAACAUCACAGCGCCAGUGACAGGGCAGGAAACAGAGAGGGAACUCGUGAUGGUGUCCGACCCCGCGGUGCUUGUCCCCUCUGAUGUGUCUGCUGUUGCGCUGGACUUUAAGGUUCUCCACCCGGUGGUGAUCACCAGGUUGGGGGUGUUUCCCCGCCGCACCCGGCCUGAACUUCAGAGCAACGUGACAGUGAAGCUCCUCCAGUUGGAUCAGGAGGAGGCUGUGGUAACCGCUCGCUUCAGCACCAUCAACACAGGGACACUCAUGAGCGGCAUAUGGUACAAACCAGUGGAGCAGUUCAUCUUGCCCAAGGGUUUUGAGGGGACACUGGUGUGGGAGAGUUCAGACUCUGACGGACUGACCACAGUCAACUCAUCUUGUGUGCAGCUCAAUGAUGGAGGAGGCGUCCUCAAGUUCUCCUCUAUUGCAGAAGGCAUACUGCCACAUAGAAGCGCUCUUGGAUUUCCUGGUUUGGCUGGAGGAUUCACUUUCACCAUCUAUGACGGGGACAAUCUGUCAGAGCUCCUGCGGGGCCGUCCAGCCAGGAUGGAGCACCAUGCUUUGGGGCUGAGGCAGCAGGAUGCUGCCUUGCAGCAGGAGAGCCUGAGGCACGGUGACAUGGUGUUCGUAGACGUGGUGGACACCUACAGGAAUGUGCCUUCCAAACUGCUUCAGUUCUAUAAAUGGUCUGUGGGAAGUGCUGACUUUAAUCUGCUCCUGAAGACUGACGACGAUUGUUACAUCGACGUGGAUUCAGUGUUAAUGAAGAUCGACCACAAGAGUCUCAAGCGCAGCCAUUUUUGGUGGGGAAAUUUCAGGCAGAGCUGGGCAGUGGAUCGCAUCGGGAAGUGGCAGGAGCUCGAGUACGCCAGUCCUGCCUACCCAGCCUUCGCGUGCGGCUCUGGCUAUGUGGUGUCACGUGACCUGGUCCAGUGGCUUGCCAGUAACGCAGAGAGUCUAAAGGCCUACCAGGGAGAAGACGUAAGCAUGGGCAUAUGGAUGGCAGCUGUUGGACCACAGAAGUAUCAGGACCCCAGCUGGCUCUGUGAAAAAGAAUGCUACCUGGACAUGCUGUCAUCCCCACAACACACAGCAGAGGAGCUGCGUGUCCUCUGGGACAGAAAGAGGACAUGUGGGGACCCCUGUGGAUGUCCUUGGGGACGCUAAGCGCAUUCCACACUGCUGUCAAUCACCCAACCCCCACCCCACCCUCAUCCAUCCAUCCAUCCAUCCAUCCAUCCAUGUUUGGUGCUCUCCAGGAGAAGAAGAAGGAGGAGGAAAUCAUUUAUUCAUGACACCCGGGCAAGCAAAAGCAGCAUUUCUGACUGUUUAUGACUCACAGGAAUGAGGAGGUAAUAUUAGACACACAAGCAUGCCCUGAUGGGGCAACACUUUCGUUCCCACUCAGAAGAUAAUCGUCUCCAUGCCGUCUGCAGGAGGUGUGAUUUGUUUUUGCAAACAUAGCUGUAAAAUGUGUGACGCAGUGGAUCAGAUCAGAUGAAAUAUUCCAUAAAUGAUUUGCCUUCAGUCCAUGCACUGCUUAUCUAGAGUGAAUCAUGUUGUUUCAUAAGCCCACUUGACUCCUACUGCAGUCAUAUGGUAGAUCUGCUACGAUAGUGCAUGUGUGUGAGACGGAGAGGGAUAAUUAGUUCGGUGAGUGACAGUCAUAAGAGGAUCACAAAUGAGCUCAUGGGCCUGCCUACGACACUCGCUACAGUACACGAAUGCAGUCUUUCCAAACUCCAAAACACUUUGACGUAUGAUAAGAAAAGGUUGAAACAAGUGAAUACUUCAUUAUUCCUCCUUAUCCCAAAUGGGAUGCCGGGAGGCAGGCAAGAGGGUUUUGCAAACAAGUGAGCGCUGGUAAAAAUAUGCAUGAGCACAUGUUGCUGUGGGUGCAGUGACAUGAAUAUUAACCAGGCUUUUUUAAUCUCUAUACAUCACGUCGGCUCCAGUCGUGUUACCUUGCAUUUGAGGACAUUAGCAAAACUAACAGCUGUCUCCUGAGUGACUAUUCUUCUUGUUCAUACAUUCAAAUACACCCUCACACGCUACAGCAGGCGACGUGUUCAGUCAUUGCAGCCAACGAAUCCACAUCAUCAUCACUACGUUCAAUAGGCAGGCGUCACAUUGGAACUUUUAAGAAUAUUUUCAAUCCUGUGACUAAUUCCAAUUAGGCAUGUCCGAUAAUAUCGGCCCGAUAUUGGCAUAAAAAUGUAAUAUCGGUCAAUAUCAUCGGGAUUUUUCCCUAUAAUGAAAGCCGAUUAUAAACAUAAUGCUGUAUAUCGGCUUAUGGGCUCCCGUAUUUCACCAUGCGCAAAAGAUGACCUCAUCAAACCGCUUCUGAAAUGUGUAAACAAACGUGGGUGGCUAGUAAGUAGCAAGCUAGCUCGCUCCUUCCAUCCGUGCAUUUUUUGUAGGAAUUCAAGAUUCAAGAUUCAAGAGAGUUUUAUUGUCAUGUGCAUGGUAAAACAGCAGUUAUACCAUGCAAUGAAAAUCUUAUUCUGUUCAUUCUCCCAAGGAAAAGAAAGAAAAACACAAGAAAGAAUAAGAACAUAAGAAACAUAAACACAUAUACAUAAAUACCAAGAAAUUAAGCAACAACAGAAGAGACAUUAAUGCAAGUAAAUAAUACAAAUAAAUAAAUAAAUAAAUAAAUAAAGUGCUAUGAGUGUGUGUUGCGUGUGGCGUGUGUGAGUGCUUCAUUGAGAAGCCUGAUGGCCUGUGGGUAAAAGCUGUUUGCCAGCCUUGUGGUCCUGGACUUCAAACUCCUGUAGCGUCUGCCUGAUGGUAGGAGUGUGAAUAAUGAGUGUUGUGGAUGUGUGCUGUCCUUGAUGAGGUUGUGUGUUCUGCGUAGGACUCUAGAUGUAUAAAUGUCUUGCAGUGAGGGGAGGGCUGCCCCAACAAUGUUCUGUGAGGUCUUGAUCACCCGCUGGAGUGCCUUCCUAUCACGUGUUGUACAGUUACCGUACCAAACAGUGAU